UAUUCAAGAAACAACGUCCGUCAAGCACAAGUGCCAAUGACUAUCAACAACUUCAACCCGAGGAAGCCGCUGCCGGCAAAGACUUUCGAGACGAAGUUACCCAAGCUGCCAGCCCAGCUCCCUUAUCUGCAAUCACUGUGCAUACUGGUACCAAAGUGUGGGAGACCCGGCUGCUGCAGGACUACACUGUAGCAGAAGCCCAUGCAGCGGAUGCUGUCGUAACUUCGUUAAUUCCUCGACAACUGAUGCCUCCCAUGCAAAGAACAAUCGGCAUCACAAAUCCUUCCAUCCAACGAACCAACAGGGAAGCCGAUAAGGAGAUCGAAGACCUUCUUGAAGAGAUGACUACGACAACUCCAGAUGAGAUCCAAAUUUUCCUCGACGCGCAGAGGUACCGGCAACGCAGUGCUUUGCCAGGAGUGCCCGCCUGGUUCAAUGAUGAAUAUAAUUUUAACGGUGGUGACCCACAGAACACCGAAAAUUGGGAGCGAAAACCUAUAGCACAGGACGAGGAAAUCAAAAUCUUGCCUCAUACGAGAUUUGCGUACGAGCCCGUUGAGGAGAACCAAGCUUCCCUUGUCGACUUGUUAGCACAAGAAGGUGGGAGAUGGGUAUGGCGAUACGAGACCGGACAUCGACGAGACUACUUUGUUGGCGAAAAGAAAGUUCUGCAGUAUUUCGUGAAGCCAAGAGCAGAGCCAGAUUCGCAGCCCGAGACCUUUGAGACAGUGGUCGCUAAGCAAUGGAUAUCCAGAGAAGUACUCACGAGUCACGAUUAUCGUUUUCGGGAGUACGGAGAAGGAGGUUAUGCCAUUACGGGAAAGCUGAGUCCAGAACAAGUCAAAGAACUCCAUGAAGCGUCAUCGUGGCGUAUGGAGAAUCUCCUCCGCCGGCUGGCCAAAGGGCCACAGGAUACUGCUGCGCAAUCGCAAGAUUCUUCUGAUCAAAAGCAGGAUCUGGAACCUGUGAUGCUAGUCACCGCACUGUUCGCAUUCAAAGCAGUGGAAGACGACGACCUCUCUUUCGAGCAAGGAGACAUUCUGGAGCUUGUAGGAUCGCCCAAAAUGUCCGACGGUUGGUGGCGUGCGAAAAUAGGUGAGAGAAACGGGCUGAUCCCAUCGAACUACGUGAAGUUGCUUAAGGACGGAGACGAAACUGCCUUCGAAGGUGGGACCGGCCAACCACAGAAGAUUCCCGUCUACGGCCAGAGUACACAGGGCAAGGAUACACGGGGCAAGGGUACACAGGGCAAGGGUACACAGGGCAAGGGUAUACAGGGCAAGGGUACACAGGGCAAGGAUACACGGGGCCAGGAUACAUGGGGCCAGGUUACACGGGGCAAGGAUACACGGCGGCCCAAGCUAAGCAACGAUCCGAGCUUCGGGACAUCAUGA